AUGCCAAUGGCUAGAGGCUCCUCCGGAAAUCCAGCCCAGCCAGAUCUCCUUUCAGGCUGGAGCUGGGACCACCCUCCUUUGUCUGGAGCUGGGGAAACUGGUUUGGGGAACUGGAGAGUUUCUGGUGUCACCCGCACCCUUUCUCUUCUGGGGGCUGUUCUCAGCGAGGGGAGAGCCAUGCAGACAGGCGCUCCUUUUCAGCAUGAACAGGUGGGAAGCCUGGAACCAGAGAAGGAUGCUGGGGGGCUGGGGGUGGGCGAGGAGUGCUGGCGCCGGCGGGAAGGCUUUGACAGGGCUGUGAAGGAGGUCUUCACACAUCCCGUGUCCUGGACACCAGCCUCCCUCUUCUAUCCUCGGAUCCAUCUGAUGCCAAAGCCAGUGUUCCUUCCUCCCCACACACAGCAGUCAGAAGCCACCUGCAAGUGCAAUCAGAGAGAGUCAGACUUUGACCGUGUGAAGAUACAAGAUGAUUCCAGGGCCCUGGCCCAGGACUGGAGAAGCUGUGGGAAGCAGGUCUGCAGGCCUGCCCAGGAGCCAAAUAAAAGCCGGGGUCAGAGGAAGGAGCAGCAGAAUGUGAAGUCAGAGGCCUCUGGACUGUCACAGGGCACAUGUGACACGGUGGCCGUGCCUCCACGUGUGAAUUUGCAAGAGCCGCAGAGCCUGAUGUUACAUAUCUGCCGGCUGACUGUGGAAGUGGGCGUGUCUGUGCACAUGGCUGGGUGUACCUGUCUCAGAUCAGGGAAAAAGCAAAUAAUUAUUGUGAGCUUUGUGCUCUCCAAGAGCAACGACGCGGUGCGCCAGGCAGAGAACCUGGGGAGCGUUCAGGCUCUACACGUGCGCCAGCCUCCGAGCGCACGUCCCCGAGUGACCCGUGCGCGCCCCCCACCCUCUCCUGGGCACUUGCACGAUUUUCCAUCCCAUCCUUUUUUCCCCUUUAACCCUUUUUGUGUAUCGCCCUUGUGCUAUUGCCCUGCUCACCCCGCCCCCCGCAACUAUCUUUGUAUGACAGUUGCAUCCACGGGUUCAAGAUGCUUGGGCGUGUGUGUGUGUGUGUGUGUGUGUGUGUAUGUAUGUGAGUGUGUGUGCAUGUGUGCGAGUGUGUGUCGCGCGCCUCGGAGAGUCAGACCUGCGCUGCUGUGCCUCUGGGCCCGGCUGGAGCGGGGCGUCCGGCCCUUGGGUGUUGCGCUGUGUGUGAGGAUGAGGUGGGAAGCUGCCCCCACGCCAGGCCUUUGCCCCGGGCAGCGGUUGACAAAGCAGCGGGCCGGCGCGGGCUUUGUUUUUAACUGUGAUAAAUGGGGUGUGUUUGCACGGUCCCCUUUCCCCACAUCCCCUCUCCCUCACAUUCUGCUACAACAAUAGCUUGAUUUUCCCCUCUUCUCCCCACCUCCACUCCACAUUUCUUUCAUUUUCUUUUAAUAAAAAAUUCCCACCUCCCAAGCAAAUCCGAGAUGCAUUUAGAUUCAUUUUUUUUCUUUUUUGUAUUCUGCCUCUGGACUCACAUUUCUCGUCUUGGAAAUGUUUCUUCUAUCCUCUCCCACUCCACGUCUGCUUAAAUCCCUGCUGGCUCAGGCCCUCCUCCCCCUCUCCCCACUCCCUCACACACAGAAUGAUGUCUUCCCUUGGCCGACCAGGGCUCCUCUACCAAGUCGGGGUGGGGGGUGGGGUCGCAGGGCCAGCGCUUUAGUGCGCCCCAGGGGCCCGAUUGGGCAAGAAAAGGAAAGCCCAGCCCUAUUUUAUCCAGCCCAGCUGUCCCCAGCCCCGCGCCUCUCCCCAGAACCUAAAAGGCAAGCUUGGCCCCCUUAGGCCUGUUUGAACCGCAGUUUUUUGUGUGAUGAUAGAAUGAUGACAUUCUGCAUUUAUCAAAUCUUUUUUUUUCUUCAUUGUGUAGCUCAGUGAAUGGUCAACUCGCUGCUGUGUGCGCUGUGACCCUUCUGCCUCCGCAUUUAGCUGUAUUGUGACACCCUCUUAACCAUUUCCUGUCUCCAUCUGAGGAAGGCAUUGCUAUUUAAGCGGCAGUAUCCCCUAUCUCAGGCCAGCCUAGCCAUGGGGGUGAGGGGGAGUGGGUGUGUGAGGAAGAAAGAGGGGGGCUG